CACACACACACACACACACACACACACACACACACACACACACACUCAUUGUACACUAACAUCACCUCUCAUGCACAGUAGCAGCUGCAGAGCAUUUUUUCCCCCCUCAGCCUGUGCGUUGUCAGGAUCAGCCAACCAGCCAGUACAGUGGGAGAAAAAGUAGGCUACACUCCUGUGCUUUCUGGAGUGGCAUCUGAUCCUGCCUUCAUCAUACCCAAAGCCCCUGAGUGAGUAACGUGCGUGCAUGCCGGAGGAAAUGUCAGACCCCAGUGUGGAGCUCAGCAACAAGCCUUUUGCUGCGCAGCUGUCCAACGUUUACUUCAGCAUCUUGGCACUUUUCUGCUUUAAGCUCUUUGUCAAGAUCUCGCUCAACUUGCUGUCGUACUUCUACAUCGUCCGGGGGAACCGUAAGGAGGCGGCCAGGAUAUCAGCAGAGUUCUAUGAUUAUGGUAAACAACAGGGAUCCUGGGCGGACCGCUCACCCCUACACGAUGCCGCGAGUCAGGGCCGCCUCCUGGCUGUCCGGACCCUCAUUUUACAGGGUCACAGUGUGAAUGUUCUGACCAUAGACCAUGUGACACCCCUUCAUGAAGCGUGUGUGGGAGACCACGGUGCUUGUGCCAGAGCGCUCAUUGAUGCAGGGGCGAAUGUCAAUGCCUCUACAAUUGAUGGAGUCACCCCUCUGUUCAACGCCUGCGCCGUGGGCAGUGUGGCGUGCACUGAGAUUCUUUUAGAAAAUGGAGCAAAACCCCAGAGCCUUGUAUACCGUCCAUCACCCAUCCAUGAAGCUACGAGCAAAGGUCAUUACGGCUGUGUGGAGGCUCUGGUGACUUGGGGGGCAGAUGUGGACAUGGACAUUCCUCACCUGGGCACAGCGCUCUAUACGGCCUGCGUCUGCCAGGAGCUGGAGUGUGCCAGGAAACUCCUGAGGGAAGGUGCGAAUGUACAGAAAGGCAGAUCCCUGGAUUCACCGUUACAUGCAGCUGCAGAAAAAGACUGCACAGUUGUGGUGAAGCUGCUGCUGGACUUCGGUGCGGACAUUAACGCCAGGAACACAGAGUUUCAGAGGCCAGUGGAUGUGGCUCCGCCCAGCAGUAUAACAGAAGGCUUCUUACUGCUCUAUGAAGCGACACCUCGGCUGCUGAGCCAGCUUUGUCGUCAGUGCGUCAGGAGCUGCGUCGGCCGGGACAGACUCCACCUCCUCUCCCACCUUCCCCUGCCCGCCCGGCUCAGGAGAUACCUGCAGUACCAAUGACAAAACUAUCUGCCUCAUGGGGACUCACAGAAAGAAGACAAAAAAAGGACAAAUCAACACCAGAACUUCUUUCUACCUUUUAAUUUUAGCCAGUGAAGCAAUCGGCUGAAAGUAGCCACAGAGUAGACACAGCUGACAGAAACGAGUGGAGGAUUCUAAAAAGAGAAGUUGCACGUCUGCCUUCCCUGAAUAAGUUACAUAGAAAAGAGUCAAAUAAAAACACGAGUGCUUUAUUCAGGUGUGCUGUAUUUAGUGAGUGAUACACUUUGGAAAGGGUUGAAAGGUCAUAUCAAUGCACAAUAUACGUGAUUCAGUAGUCAUUGUUUUGAAUUUGAUACUCUUUGAAACAUUGCACGGUACUUAUUUAUUAAAUAGUUUAUGAAACAUCACAAA